AUGGGAAACGCCAACAGCUCCCAUAAGAUUACCGCUCAGGACAGAGCUAUCCUGGAUUUGAAGAAUCAGCGCGACAAGUUGCAUCAAUACCAGAAGCGGAUUACUGUUCUGACAGAUCGCGAAACGGCGAUUGCGAAGGAAUGUCUCGCGCGUAACGACCGUCGACGUGCACUUCUGGCGCUCCGUCGCAAGAAAUACCAAGAGUCCCUACUAGCAAAGACCGACGCGCAGCUGGCGCAACUGGAGCAACUGACGUCGCAAGUCGAAUUUGCGCUCGUCCAGAAGGAUGUGGUAUUUGGGCUACAACAGGGGACGAAAGUCCUGCAGGCUAUUCAGAAAGAGAUUGGGGGUUUAGAAGGAAUAGAGAAACUCAUGGGUGAGACCAAAGAAGCCAGAGCAUAUCAAGAGGAAGUCAGUCGCAUGCUCGCUGGUCAGAUGUCCAAUCAAGAUGAGGACGAAGUCGAGGAUGAGCUCGAGGCCCUGGAACGAGAGGUUCAAGGCGUCCAUCUACCCGAUGCUCCUACAGCCACGUUACCUGAAGAAACAGAGGAAGAGAAAGCACAGAAGGCGAAAGCGAGAGCGAAGGCGAGAGCGCAAGAGCGAGCUGCCAUGCAGUUAGCAGCUUGA